GACCUUCAUUCUCAAACCAUUUGGGUUCAGACAGAACACAACACACACACACACAAAAUGGCAGAUCGGGCGCGUCUUUUCUGCAAGGAUGAGGUCCUCACUUACUCUUAUCUUCUUCUCUACAUCGCUCUCUCCAGCGGUCAGAUCUUCUUCAACAAGUGGGUUUUGUCUUCGAAGGAAAUCAACUUCCCUUACCCUCUGGGAUUGACUCUACUUCACAUGAUCUUCUCCUCCGUUUUAUGCUUUUUACUCACCAAGGUUUUUAAGAUUUUGAAGGUUGAGGAAGGGAUGACUACAGAAAUAUACGUGACAUCAGUAAUGCCAAUUGGUGCAAUGUUUGCAAUGACUCUUUGGCUGGGAAAUACUGCCUACAUGUAUAUUUCUGUUGCAUUCGCACAGAUGUUGAAAGCAAUCAUGCCCGUAGCUGUUUUUGUUCUUGGAGUAGCUGCAGGACUUGAGGUAAUGAGCUGCAGAAUGCUAUUGAUAAUGUCAGUGAUAAGUUUUGGCGUUCUGGUGGCUUCUUAUGGUGAACUAAAUAUCAGCUGGAUUGGAGUAGUUUAUCAAAUGGGAGGAGUUGUCGGAGAAGCCUUGAGACUUAUUUUUAUGGAGAUUUUUGUCAAAAGGAAGGGUCUCAAAUUAAAUCCAAUAUCUGUUAUGUUCUAUGUUAGCCCGUGCAGUGCUCUUUGCCUAUUCAUUCCAUGGAUAUUUUUAGAGAAAACCAAGAUGGAAGCAGAUGCAUCAUGGAACUUUCCAAUCGUGGUGCUAACACUUAAUUCUCUGUGCACCUUUGCCCUCAACUUAUCAGUCUUCCUUGUGAUUACUCAUACAAGUGCUUUGACCAUUCGUGUUGCUGGAGUUGUCAAGGACUGGGUGGUUGUCUUAAUUUCUGCCCUUCUUUUCGCUGAUACAAAGCUGACUCUUAUAAAUCUAGUCGGAUAUGCCAUUGCCAUAACGGGUGUAGCAGCAUACAAUAAUUUCAAGUUAAAAAAAGAAGCCUCCAGAGUCACCCCUGAAGAAUCUGAAAGUUCUCAACCUCUACAGGCAGCCACAACAUCAGAUUCCAAGUAGAAAUGUCACAGGAGCAGUUGACCUAGUUAUCUUCGAGCUGCUCCUGUGUUGGCAAAAUUUUGCGACAGUUUGAAGCAGAACCAAGAUUACAAGUUCAAAGAUGUGAAAUUAACAUUAAUGUAUCAAUGUUAACACAAUUGUAUCAUCAUCAUCAUCACAAAGAUAGAUACUGAGGGCACUCAAAGUCUAAUGCACGUAUAAUCAUAGAUGAAUUGUUUGUAAAGCAAGUGCCAGGGUCACUGUCAUAGGAAUACCCUGUUUAUAGAAUUUUGAAAAUUUUGUACUUCACACAUUUGUAUCACUUCCUAGGCACACACGAGGCUUCCUCUUUGCAAAAAUUUGUAGUCUGAACCUGGAACCUGCUUUUGCCAGGUCAAGUUUUCUCAAAUUAUACAUAUCGAAAGUUGGUUCCUUCAA